AUGUUAAGAAUAAUCAUUACAUCAUUGUUCAUAUCAUCUGUGAUCUCUGUUACUAAACCAACUAUAGGAAUUCUAACAAAUCCAUCUGAUUUGAAAGACUAUGAUAAGUCUCUCUACUCCUAUUUCCCUUCCAGUUAUGUGAAAUGGAUUGAAUAGGCUGGAGCUAGAGUAAUUCCAAUUCAUUGGGAUAGUUCUUAUGAUGAAAUUACAUUCAUAUUAAAUUAGAUUAAUGGAGUUCUAUUUACUGGAGGAGAUGUGGACUUGUAUUUAAAUAAUACAUAACCAGGAUUCACUUUUAAUAAAUUUACUGAUACUGCAUCUUUUAUAUUUUAAAAAGUUAUUCAAUUUAAUAAGGCUGGUAAAUUCUAUCCUUUACUUGGAAUAUGUUAGGGUUUUCAAUUAAUUAAUUAUAUUGCUUCAUCCUAUUAUGAAGUAUUGACUAGAAUGACUGAUGAUUUGGGUAAGUAAAGAUUACUUGAAAUUGUUCCUGAAGAAGAUUCAUUUGUUUUAAAAUCCAUAGAUAAACCCAUUUUGGAUUAUCUGAAGAAUGUUGGUAAUUGUACAUUAUUAAUAUCAUAGAUGGUCCAUACUAUUCUCACAAUUGGGGAGUUGUAUAACAAACUUAUGAAAAAGCUUACUCUUUGGGAGCAUUCUUUAAAAUCACAGCUUAUAGUAGAGAUGGAGUGAAUUAAAAGUAUAUUGCCAUUUGUGAAGGCAGAGAAGUACCUAUUUAUGGAUAUCAAUUCCAUCCUGAAAAGCAUCAAUAUGAAUGGAUUACUAAAGCAACUCAUGAUGUCCAACAUAUUACAUAUUCUUAACAAUUAGCCAUGGAUUUCAUUGGAAUGGCUAGAAAGAAUGAUAACUCCAUCUCUGAUGAAGAGUUAGCUUAACUUAUCAUUUACAAUUAUAAAUAAAUUAAUAGAAUGGACAUUCCAAAUACAAGUUUUUCAUAAGUCUACUUAUUCGAUAGAAAUCGUAAUGAAACCAAAUCAGAUCAACAAUAAUUAGGGAUAUAUUAAACUAUAAAAUAUUUUAGAAAACGUUAUUGA